GACGUUUCCGAGAUGGUCCGAUUUUGACACAUAAAACUCUAGAAAAAUAGUAAAGAGUAUUUCGCGAAACUUGUAAAAACACGACUGCGAAAUGGCUUCGGUCAAUGCUCGUGGCGUUUCGCGAGUUUUGCAAAAGAUAGACAAUUCGAUUAAAAACGGGGAAUUCUACGAGGCUCACCAAAUGUACCGAAUGUUAUACUUUAGAUAUUUGGGCCAAGAGAAGUAUUUAGAAUUAUUGGAUAUGUUGUAUAAUGGAGCUAUGUCGUUUUUAGAUCACAACCAGGAUAUUAGUGGAGCUGAUUUAGGUACUUUACUAGUGGACGUUUUGGUUCAAUCCGGGAAUAAAGAUUACACAUCGUGGACACCGAAACUAUGUAAAAUUUUCGCGAAAAUUAAUCCAAUAACGCCCGAAAGAGACACUUUUAUUAUUAAAACCAUAAGAUGGUCUUCCUUAGAUGGUAAAUUUGGACACCCAUUUCUUCAUCAAAGUAUAGCUCAAGUAUAUUGGAACGAAAAAAAUUAUAUACAAGCAAGACAUCAUUAUUUACAUUCAAAGGAUGGCCAAGGAUGCGCUCGCCUUUUAAUCGAAUUCCAAAGAACGCAAGGAUUCCGUUGCGAAGCAGAUUUGUUUAUAGCUCAAGUCGUGUUACAAUACCUUUGUUUAAGCAAUAAAUCGACUGCGAAUCAAACGUUUGCAAGCUACACUCAACAACAUCCGAGUAUCAAGAAAAACGGUCCGCCCUAUUUAUUACCUUUAUUAAAUUUUUUGUGGUUUUUACUACAAGCGAUAGAAAGCCGAAAAAUGACGUCAUUUACUGUUUUGUGUCAACAAUACGAACCGUCGAUAAAACGGGAUCCGUGUUACGUUCAAUAUUUAGAUAAAAUCGGACAGAUUUUUUUCGGAUUAAAACCACCUCCACAAACGGGAAAAGCAUUCUUUGACAAUUUCAUUCAGUCAUUUUUAAACGCUGAGGAUGAUAGUGAAGAUGAAGUCACCCUGCCAUCGUCUAGUAGACAGAUAAUCGAAUCAACAGAUUUGGAUUAAUUUAGUAAUAAUAAAAAAAUAAAAUAAAAAGAGAAUUAAA